AUGAAUUGGACCGGAAGCAAAAGAAACAAAUUAAAGGUUAAAGUCGAACAACAAAAACAACGAGAAUUUUUUAACCGUCAACGUCUCAAAAAAUUGCAUGCGCUCUUAAAAUCCGAUUCCAAACGUUCAAGGGUUCUACCGAGUAUUGAUGUAGUUAGAAAGAGCGGUCGUGAUAUUAGUAAAAAACAACAUUGUAGCGGUGUCGUUUCAGCUUCCGAUUUUAGUUCGCAUUCUACUGGAGACGUGAAUGAGAAUAAUUCGUCAAAUCGUGAAAGCGAUCAAACCAUAACGCUCUCUUUAAAGCAUUCCAAACGUCAAGAUUCAAGAACUCUGUGUGUGAAUGAUGAGAAAAUUGCAGAUGAUAACGAACUAGAGAUUAAUGGUGGAAUGGAUUUUCAUAUCAUUUCUGAUAUUGAAAAACGUAAAAUAAACCUUUUGCGAGAUUGCGAUUGGGCUGGCAUUGAUUCUUCAUUUUUAAUCAACGCAAAAAAUGAAGGAGAAAAGAUCGAGAUCGAAUAUGAGAAAAGGAAUGCAAAGCAGUCUAGAGAUUACAAGAGAGAUCAGAGCAGUGGGGCUUCAAUAUGUUCGAAUCACUCUUCUGAUAGAAAUGACGAUUCAGGGAAUUCACUAGCUAAUGAAGUUGUCACAAUGACAAACUCAAUGUCACCUUCGGGGAGAUGGAAUCAAUUCUUGAAUUCUUCUAAUAUUUGUGUUGAGUCCGUGUAUGAUUUUGAGAAUGAAUCAAUAUAUCAGCAAGAAGUUUGUUUGGAUCAGGUCAAUGACAACUUAGAUUCCACAAACAUCAGUGAAGCGAAAAAAUCAACGCCAUCAACACCAAGAAUAAUUGCGACCUCUGCAUUGCUUUCCGUUAUCCCAAAAUCUGAUACUAUCGCGAGUAUUGGAUGGAACACAUUUUUACAAACCGAUGAUAACGAUGCGACUUGUGGUGAUAACGAAAAAGGUUAUGAUUGUCAGUCUAGUAAGAUGUUUAUCUCGGAUGAACAGAAAAGAAAUGAUAGCGAGAAAAACGUUAACAGUCAACUAAAUACUGAAGAAAUAGUUGGUUCACUGGAACAAUCACCGUUAUGUGGUGUUGACCUCCAAGGCAAUGCAUUAGAAUGUACACAAGGAGUAACAGUUGACAAUUCAGAGAUAGCCGUCUUGCCGAAAACUCUCGAAAUUACUAAUCAGGAUGUCUUGAACCGAAUUCGUAAUCUCGAGAUAAAAAAUGUAAAUCUUCAAUUGGAAACCGAUUUUCUCAAGAAAGACGUGAAGUGGUUAAUGGAAAAAGUCAAGGCUAUCUGA